UUCCCUUUCCGGAAUCCCCAGUCCGGGUGUGUGUGACUCUGUGUGUAUGGGAUCGGCUGGCAGUGCGCUCGGCACCUGCUCCCGGGAUGGCACAGGCUGUAAAUCUGAAGAUAAACCUUGAAGUGGCACAGAAUAUUCAACAGUAACAAAUGCAGUUCAUAUUUGAAGCAGAGUUUCUAGAGGAAGACGGAAACCUUUAAUAGUUGUUGUGAAUGUCUGUUAACCCCAAAUUUCGUCACCUCCAGUACAAUGGAGACCAGUGUAGUCUGCUUAAGUUACGUGGAUACCCAGUGACUGCACUGGCAAAAGUACAUGGAAAUUAUCCUUCACUGCCUGCAAAUAGAAAGUAAGGGAACAGCAUGAAGCAGCCAGGUUUCCAGACCUCGAGCAGUCACUAGCACGGUUCCUCUGAGAGAAUUCCAUCAGCUCCAUGAAAGAACGGAGGAAAACUCAGUGAGCACCGCAAAGCUCCACUUCAGUGAGAAGUAGUUACCACUGCUCCAUCCAUGAUGAAGAACAGCUCUGGAACCAUGCUGGAUCUCAGCUUUCUUACAGAGGAAGAAUACAACAAACUCAUGAAUGUUCUGCAAAGAGAUGCAGAGCUUCAGAAGAAAGAUAGUGCCCGAAUCCAACGCCUCCAGGGAUCUCUCAAAGAUGAAAAGAAAAGAAAAUUUGUCACUGGUCAGUGGUUUCAUGAUGUAAAGUCACACCGUUUUCAGGAGGAUCUCCAAGGUUCUGAUCUAUUGCGUGCAUCUAUUCGCAAGAAAAGAAACCCGAAGCAAGGCAAUGGAAGCAAGAACAGUGGUGCAGAACUUGAGCAGAGCUCUUUUCCAAUUUCUAAUCUUCAUGUGGAACAAGGAAGUGAAAGGGUGAGAGUUGGUGCCGAUGAAGCAAUUGCCUUAAAAACUUCAUCCCAGCAAAAUGCAGCUGCAGCUUUGCCGUCGGAGCACUUAAUGCCCUGCUCCUCAGAGGAGAGAAACUCUAUACAGGACUUGUCUCCAGUGGGAUUACGGCUGCCCAAGACAUCUAACACAUCAGAUCUGUAUGAAACAGGGGGGCAUGGAAUGGUGCCUGGUGCACUGGCAGAUGUGUUAGAUCAUGAUGAAAGUGAGCCCUGGAGUUCAACACCAAAAGAUUCAUCUAUAAGGAAAAGUCCAGCUGUGCCAGAGAGGAGAAAUGUGGGGGAAGAAGGCAGCAGCCCCAGCAAAAUACCAGUCAAACGAGGACAAAGCAAAGAAGCCUUUUGGACUGAACCACUGCCACACAGAGAUCAGUCAGAAAGCUCAACAAAGAAGAAAGAAAUAUCUAGGCACUCAGGCCCAUCCUCCCCAGACACAGAAUCUGGCAAAGAUAUAAAAUCAGGUUCAAACUUCACAGUUCAGUCAAUGAAGGACAAAACCGGAGAUCAGGAAACCAUGCUAGACAAGGGACAGUUUAAGUCACUGAAGAACUUUUGGGAAAAAGGAGCGGAAAUUUCAGCAGGUAUAAAUAGCUCUUCAGAUCACGAGUCAGCAAAUACCAAACAUGUACAGGAGCCCCCAGCAAGUCAUACGGUCUCUGUGCAGUACAACAGAAAACAGAAUGGGGAGGUGAAGCAGGUUACUGAACAGCCAUAUAAAUUAAAGUCUUUCUCCCAGAGACCCCCAGUUGUAUCUUCCAGUGAAGAUGAAAUGGUACAUGUGAACCCUCCAAGAAAAUCUUCAUCUUCCAUGAUCCCAAGAUCAACUUAUAACAAAAGCAAGGGCUCCCCCAUUUCAAAAAAUGCAUCUCUCUCUGAAACUAAUGGAAUAGCCUCACAAAAUGAAGAGAGCAGUGGCAGCAGCAGAUCUUCAAAGAGAUCAAAGCUCCCAGUCAGAUUGCCUUCAGUAAGCAAAGAGACCAAGGUGGAUGUUCCUCUCUCCCCUAGAGACAAGCUACCAAAUGUCUCUCAAUUAGAAACGGCAAGUUGCAAGGAAGAAUCUGUUACACCCGAAAUCAAACCAGAAGUAAAGGGGACACCCUACAGUAAUGUCCAGAUUUUAAUUGAUACUGUCACCUCUGAUGAAGAACAAGGGGCAACAGCCAGUGUUAAAGCUGCCCAGAGAAGUGAAGAUGUGGUGGAACAUGCUACAUGUGAAAGUGAAGAUGGUAAGAGCUUAGAUGGAAAUGUUGAUUCCAAUCCUACAUCUCAGGCAAUUGGCGUGACUAGUGCAAGAAGCUUGGUGAAUAUUUAUACAAGCACAGAAACCUAUAAUAAACCUCAGACUUUAAGUCAUCAGCUUCUGGAGCCUGAGCGAGCCAAAGAGCUGAGCAGAUCAACUCCUGCCCUUCUCUCCGAGACUGAAUCGGACACUGCAUCUGAAAUCAGCUUUCAGCUAAAGAGGCACAGAAAGACUCACAGCAGUGACAGCAACUCUUCUGACAUGGCAUCAGUCUCCUCGGUCAGCAAUAGUGUCCUCAGUGUGUACAGUGGGGAUUUCGGCAGUGUGGAUGCACAGGGAGCAGUAGAGUUCUCUUUGGAUUAUGAUGAGAAGAAUCGGGAGUUUCAGAUUUCCGUGUCUCAAUGUAAAGACCUGGCUAUAGUGGAUGAGAAGAAAGGCCGCUCUGACCCGUAUGUCAAGACAUACCUGCUUCCAGACAAAGCCAGAAUGGGAAAAAGAAAAACAUCUGUAAAACGAAGGACAACAAACCCAGUUUACAAUGAAGUUUUACGGUACAAAAUAGAAAAAAUGGUUUUGCUGAUCCAGAAACUGAAUCUUUCUGUGUGGCACAAUGACCCACUUGGCAGAAACAGCUUUCUUGGAGAAAUGGAGAUUGACCUCACCAGCUGGGACUGGAGUAACACAAAGUCAAACUGGUACCCUCUGAAACCAAGGAGCGUCUCUGCCAUGAAUGGUGUGGAUCACUUAGGCGUUAUGAACUUGUCCAUUAAAUACAUCCCUCCAGGAAGCCUUGGUCCAAAACAUCCCACCUCAGGGGAGGUACAUAUCUGGGUAAAGGACACCAAAGAUUUACCACAGUUGCGUCCUUCUGGAGUUGACUCAUUUGUUAAAUGCUAUGUACUGCCUGACACCAGUAAAAAGAGCUAUCAGAAGACAAGAGUAAUAAAGAAGGACUCAAACCCAGUCUUUAACCACACAAUAGUCUAUGAUGGUUUCCACACAGAAGAUCUAAGGGACGCAUGUGUUGAGUUGACUGUCUGGGACCAUGAGAAACUCAGUAAUCAUUUCCUUGGAGGAAUUAGACUUGGCCUUGGCACAGGUUUCAGUUAUGGAAUAGCCGUGGAUUGGAUGGAUUCCACCCAGGAAGAAGUAGCCUUCUGGCAGGAAAUGAUGUCAACCCCAAAUGAAUGGAUUGAAGGAUCACUUCCCUUGAGGUCUCUUGCUGGGAAAAGAAAGUUCAAAUGAAUCUUUUGUAUAAGACCUGACACCUCAGAACGGCUAUACCUUGAAUUUCAAAGCAAUGUACUGUGUAUUUUUUUAUCUUACAUUGUGACUUUCUGAGCAUGUAAAGGAUAGAGCUAUGCACAUUUCCACUGCCUGGUACAGAUCAGGGUGACUUUCUUAUAGAAAUAAAAUGAAUCUACUUUCAAUUAGCAUAGCAGGGAAUAUGAUGCUUUUGAUGCCAAAGCUCUUUGGACUUCAAGACUCAAGUACUGACUCUCCCUUGAAAUUGUGGCGACAAAGGAUUGCCUUGAAAUCUCAGCAAAAGUUGUGUUAGCAAUACACUAAUAUGAGGACUGGAAUGGGAUUUUACAAAACCUUCAGUACAUGAGGCAAUUUAAGUAAGCCUAAGCUACAGCCUACAGGACUUUAGGGACUAAAAAUGACUGAAAUUGGGUUUGCACCACAAUGGUAGAGAUAGAGGUUACCCAUAACAGCGUUAGGAAUGAAGGUGACAGAAUAGAAUAUGCAGAGUUAUGAAUAUGUGCGGUUUCCCAUUUUGUAAUCUGCUGAUAUGCUAAAUCAGAGGACGUUACUAACGGUAUGUCUAUAGUAAUUAGGUUUGUACUUUUAUGAAUCAGGGAAUAGCUGCAUCCUCACUGUGUCAGCAUUGGAAAUAGGAUGUGUUUAUACUUGUGAACAGUAAUAAUACAGUGUAAUUAAGUGCUAAAUGUAAAAAGCCGCCCCUCUGUCCCUCUUUUUUACCACUUGAUAUGAAAAGCAGAGGGAUGGGUUGGAUCUCUCUGAGCCUAAGAGGUGGGGGUGGGGAAGUGGUCACUGCAGCACAGACAGAAUAUUAUGGUUUCCUUUUAAUCUGAGGAAUGUUUCUGUUAAAAAUACAUUUAUAUUUAUUUCUGGAAGGUUAGACAGUGUUUAUGCACAUUUUCAUGUCAAAAGGGGGGUAUAUUUUUCCUUUAAAGGAGAACUAAAGCUUAACUAAAGAUGUAGGCUAGUAAUGUUGUACAUUAUGUUUUGGGCUUCUGUACCAAUCCUUUAGCAGGGGUGGUCUGGUCCUCCAUAUAUAGCCCAGUAGCUCCCCAUCUUCUUCUCUGCUGAUUCAAUGCACAUGCUCUGUGCUGCUCUCACUUACUGAGCUUAGGGACUGACUCACAAUAUACUGUAUAUAUAGAAUAUAAAUGUCACAAUAUAAGACUGAUAAAACUUACUACAAAUAAUUAUUGCAUGGCAGCUCUGAAACCAAUGCAAUUAGCAUUAGAAUUGAAUAAUCAGCCCUGUAGCAUCAGCUUAUAUGACAGGCCAGUAAUUUGCAAUGACCCCUAAGCUCAGCUUCUCAACAGCUGCCCAGACGCACUGAGCAUUGUGCCGCGUCACUGACACUUCUAACAAAAUCCUAGAUGGGAAGCAACAUGACAACAUUGAAGGCCUGGAUCAUUACUAUUAUAGAGAUGCUGAACCUUUAGGCUGAUGCAGUUAGUUCAGUAUAUAAAAUAUGUCUUUUUUAGUCAUAUAAAGGUUUGCGAAUAGUUGUGACAUGGAGCCCCACACAAGAACAGAAAGACCACUUUCACAUUCAUUUUUCUGCCAUAAAGAUGGUUGUUCCAGGCUCGGGAAUCUGCCUUCCUCUAAAAAAAAUUCUCUAAUCAGCUGAUCAUGGUCUGUAUUAAUAAAAUGUAAGAUGUGCACUUACCAGUUAUCAAAUAAUGCAAAAGUAUGUAAUUCACUGUAGUUUUUCCUAGAGUUGCUGUUACUAAUGUUGGAAGCCAUAUCAGUGAUAAAACAUAACUCGCUGGAGGUGAUCCCUUGUGCUUAGAUGAUUUGAUAUUUUGCCUUUUCAGUGCUUGAAAGGGCAAAUCAGACCCAGACACACUAAAACAUGCCUAAUAUGCCUGGUGGAAUGGAAUGUGCAUGGGGUAAUUUAACUUGUUUCAUAGCUGUACCUGAUCCUGUGAUGUUUAAGACAUAGUAACAGCAUUAUCCAAUGAAAAGAACUAUCUUGUCUUUGGGGGGGUCAUAUCUCCCACUCAUGAUAAUGCCAAACAUUGCCAAAACAAGUGCUGUAUUCUCAAGACUGUAAAUAAUUCCUGAAACUCAUGUGUGUACAUUUAAUUAAAUAAAGGACAAAAUGUAAAUGCUUUUCAUUGACAGUA